AAUAUUCCAAACUCAUACUGUCCACAUUUUCUUCUCCUUUCAAUCAUCUAAGACCGCGUCUGUUUACAACUUCUAGGAGAUCGUCAAGCCUUCAGAACCAGCACCGAUAAUCCACCCGGAUCGGAGGAGCUCAAAUUGAAAUUUGUUUUGAUCGGAACAAUACAAGUUGGGUGCGGUUCUGUAGUUAUGGCAGACGUGGUAAGUCCUAUUAUUAAAACUAUUAGCUUGUUUAUAAAUGUUGGUAUGAAGGUGUACGAGGUUCAUUCAAAUUUCGAUUCGCGGACGAAAAGUGUCGUGAAAUGGCUGCAGUCUCUUCUACCUGUGAUAAAACAGUUUGAGAAAUUAAACGAUCCGACGUAUAUGAAGAUCGUCAAAGAUCUUGAAAGUAAACUGAAGGAAGGCCAAACUCUCAUCGAAAACUGUACAGAGGUUUCAGCGUUGGAAUUAAUAAAAAAACAUAGUCUCACCAAAGAUCUUCGUGAACUGAUAGAAGAUAUUUCCCGACUGUUACUGGUGCUGGAGACGCACACAAAAUUCAAUUUAAAGGAGAGACGCGAUGAUGCUGGUGUGCUUACAAGUUUCACAUGCGAACUCCCAGAUUCUCCACAGUUUACAGUCGGACUGGAAAAGCCUUUGGUGGAACUGAAGAUGAAGCUUCUAAUUACAAAAGGAACGUCGCUCCUUGUGUUAACUGGUCCCGGAGGAUUUGGGAAAACAACUUUGGCUAAAAAGUUUUGCGAGUACAAGGACGUCACAGAUAAAUUUGGGAGCAAUAUCUUCUUUAUCAGGGUUCCGAAAUAUUUUGACUUGAACCGUAUGGACCCUGAUGAACGGCGGCAAAGAGAAAGUAUGAUCAUAUCGGAGAAUAUUCUACAAAAACUUCAUCACUGCAUGCUUUCCCGGCCGGCUGCUUCUUCCUCCCAAAUAGAAGCACCUGCAGUUCAUAAAGGGCUGAAAGAGUUUCUGACAGAAGCAGGGAAAAAACCUUUAUUGUUGGUCUUUGACAGCGUUACGCCCAAGACGGAAUUCCUUAUUGAUAGGUUUUAUGAUGAAAGCAAAGAAAUCGAAAUGCUAGAUUAUAAGAUUUUGGUGACAUCAAGAUCUAAACUUUCAAGAUUUGAUUCAUAUUAUAUGAAAUCAUUGAAAAAAGAAGAUGCAAUGAUUCUUCUUAAUCGUUUAUUAGAAGACAAAUGCCGCGAUAUUUCAGAUGAUACUAAAGAGCAGGUACUAGAGCAUUGUAAGGGACUUCCACAAGCCAUUGAAGGGGUUGUACAGUUACUUCGUGACCAGCCUCCACAGACAUGGAGAACAGAAGGAGGGAAUAUGCAACGCGGUUCCGUUCUUGAUUCCGUUGAUGAUUUGCUUUACCGCCUCCAAUCCAGUGUAGAUGCCUUGGAUGAAAAACAGUCGACCGUUAAAAAAUGCUUCAUAGACCUUUGUGUAUUUCUUAAAGACCAACCUAUCCCAGCCGCUGCGCUCAUUGAUAUCUGGACAGAGUUGCAUGAGCUAAUAGGUGAAGACGAUGAGAGCAUUGCAAACCUCCACCGGCUCACUCAGAGUUGUUUUGCUAAUCUUCUGUUCCCAAGGAGAGAUAAGACCGAAGUGGAGGACGAUGAUAGCUACUACAGUCAACAUUUUGUUUCUCAGCAUGAUAUACUGAGAGACUUGGCCAUCCGUCAGAGCAAUUGGGGAAUAGAAAGUGGAGAUAGACUUGUUAUAGACGUGACUAAAAAAUCUUUUCCCAAGUGGUGGAAAGACAAAAUGUAUCAUCAACCUGUCCAUGCUCGCCUAGUAUCUAUCUCAACUGAGAGAGAAUUCCCAAAAGAAUGGGACAAAAUGAAGCUACCAAAAGCUGAGGUUCUUGUUCUUCACUUCCAGGCAGAGACCUACGCCUUGCCCAACUUCCUCAAUACAAUGUCAAGGUCAUUGAAGGUUCUCAUAGUCACAAAUCAUGGUCAGUUACAUGCCAAAGUAAGUGGAUUUAGACUAUUGGGUUCAUUAUCUACCCUAAAGAGAAUAAGAUUAGAGGGCAUUUCAAUUUCUUCCAUGAAGACGAACUCCAUGGCCAUGAAGAAAAACUCCAUGAAAGUAAAAAGUCUACUGAAGAUAUCCUUAUUCAUGUGCGACUUUGAUCAAGCUUCUAGCAGAAAGUCCAUCAAAAUAUCAAAAUCAUUUCCAAAUCUAGUGGAGAUGAACAUUGAUUAUUGCAACAAUUUGAAGGAACUGCCUGCCGAGCUUUGUGGUCUUAAAAAGCUAAAGAAGCUCAGUAUCACCAACUGUGAUAAACUACAUUCCUUGCCUGAAGAUAUUGGAAAUCUGGUCCAAUUAGAAGUGUUAAGGCUAUUGGCUUGCAUAAAAUUGUUACAGUUGCCUGGCUCGAUUAGCAAACUCGCACAGUUAAUACUUUUUAACAUAUCUGAUUGCUGGAGCAUUAAGGAGUGGCCUGAAAUUGGUGGGAUGCACUCUUUAAAAACGCUUAUUGUGAGACACUGCCCAGGGUUGAGAAAGCUACCUCAAUCAAUUUCGAAUUGGCAGCCGGAGAUGAAAGUGAUAUGCGAUGAAGAGACAAGAGAGUCAUGGGGUGACUUACCCUCUGGCAGUAAAAUAAACAUAAAGGUUAUCAAGUCUAAUUGACAUACCCAUCUCUACUCCGACGAUGAUGGUUAUGGUUUGAUUUUUUUUUUCUUUCCAAUUCUUCUCUAAUUUCCUCUUCCCCUAUACCCAC